CAUUGUCAUAGUGGUAGGCAUCAGGGCCAGACUGUGGCAGCGGGAGUAGAAAAUGUCCUGGUGUCAGUGGGAGUACAGAGUUUCCUCUGUUUGGUAUUAGUGGGAAGAAUAGUGUUCUAUCUUUGGUGUCAGUGGGAGGAAUAGUACACCAUCAUUGGUAUCAACAGGAGGAAUAGUAUCCCAUCGUCGGUUUCAGUGGGAGGAACAGGGCCCCAUCAUUGGUAUCAGUGGGAGGAAUUGUGUUCCAUCAUUGGUAUCAAUGGAAGGAAUGGUGUCCCGUCAUUUGUAUCUAUGGGAGAAAUGGUGCCCCGUCAUUGGUGUCAGUGGAAAGAAUGUUGUUCCAUCACUGUUAUCUAUGGGGGGAAUACUGCCCCAACAUUGGUAUCAGUGGAAGGAAUUGUGUUCCAUCAUUGGUAGCAGUGGAAGGAAGGGUGUCCCGUCAGUCGUAUCUGUGGGAGAAAUAGUGCCCCAUUAUUGGUGUCAGUGGAAGGAAUGGUGUUCCAUCAUAGGUAUCUAUGGGGGGAAUAGUGCUCUAUCAUUGGUACCAGUGGAAGGAAUG